UAUGAACCUAACCGAAACGGGUGAAGGUGGAAAAUAAUGGAGAAAUUGCAUAGAGCUCUGGAGAAUCGCAGUUUAGCAGUUUCCAGUGUCCAAGGAAAGGGGCGUUCUCUUUUUACUACUAGGGAUUUCUACCCAGGGGAAGUGAUUAUUAGCCAAGAGCCAUAUGUUUGUGUUCCAACUCACAAAAGGUGUGAUGGAUGUUUAGCAACAACUAACCUUAGCAAGUGUUCACGUUGUCAAGUUGUUUGGUAUUGUGGAACACCAUGCCAGAAAUCAGAGUGGAAGUUGCAUCGUCUUGAAUGUGAAGCACUCUCAAGGAUAGACAACCUUAAGAGAAAAUCUGUCACACCAUCGAUACGGCUGAUGCUUAAACUUUAUAUUCGAAGGAAAUUGCAAGAUGAGAAGAUCAUUCCAAGCAAUGCCAUGGACAACUACAAGUUAGUGGAGGCAUUAGUGGCUCACAUGUCUGACAUCAAAGAGGAGCAGCUGGUGUUGUAUGCACAGAUGGCUAAUCUUGUACACCUAAUACUACAAUGGCCUGAAAUCAAUAUAAAAGAGAUUGCAGAAAUUUUUUCCAAGUUUGCAUGUAAUGCGCAUACCAUUUGUGACAGUGAGUUGAGACCUUUGGGAACAGGAUUGUAUCCUGUUGUUUCCAUUAUCAAUCACAGCUGCUUGCCCAAUUCAGUGUUGGUUUUUGAAGGAAGGGUAGCAUCAGUACGUGCUUUGCAACAUGUACCGAAAGGGACUGAGGUAUUGAUAAGUUAUAUAGAGACAGCUGGAAGCACGGUGAUUCGACAAAAGGCUCUCAAAGAGCAGUACCUAUUCACUUGUGUUUGUCCCCGCUGUUCUAAACUGGGUCAGUAUGAAGAUGUUCGAGAAAAUGCAAUUCUAGAAGGAUACAGAUGCAAAACUGAAACAUGUGAUGGUUUCUUGCUCCGCACAACUGAUGGAAAAGCAUUUCAAUGCCAAGAAUGUGGGUUAGUUAGAGACAAGGAAGAGAUAAAGCAAAUUGCAACUGAAAUAAAAUUGCUAUCAGAAGAAGCUUCUAAGCCUUCUUCCAGUGACAAUUAUCAAGAUGCUAUUUCCAUAUAUAAAAUGAUCGAGAAACUGCAAACAAAACUAUAUCAUCCUUUCUCAAUCAAUUUGAUGCAAACACGAGAGACAAUUUUGAAGUCACUAAUGAAGCUGGAACAUUGGAGGGAAGCUUUAGCAUAUUGCAAACUGACCAUACCAAUCUAUCAAAGAGUGUAUCCAGCUGUUCACCCUCUGCUUGGAUUGCAAUAUUAUACUUGUGGAAAACUUGAAUGGUAUCUUGGAGACACAGAGGAAGCUGUUAAGUCAUUGACCAAAGCUGUGGAUAUACUAAGGAUUACUCAUGGCACAAAUACUCCUUUUGUGAAGGAACUCUUGAUGGUGUUGGAGGAAGCCCGUGCAGAAGCGUUAUACAAAUUGUCCUCCAAUGAGGAGUAGAAUGACACUAACAUUGCAGCUGCUGGUGGUAUCAUUAACGAUUGCACUUGUUCACUCCGGAAAUUUGCUGUCAGUCACAAGAAGUUCAAUAUGGUAAAUUAUGCAAUGGAGUAGUCGUUGAAGAGUCCCGGUUUGGUUUAUGCCUUCUUUGCAGGGUCCUUAUAUGUACUUUAAUAUACCCUUCAUCUGUCUGACUGAAAUUUAUAUAUAAUUUGCUACUGUUCUUUUUUCUUUCUUAAUAGCAAUUUGAACUUUUCCAGUAAAAGGAAAAGGUGCUCCUUGUUUGAGAA